AUGGUUUUACAGAGCAUGUGUUCCGGAGCAUUCCGUUUGGCCAUCGUCGUAUGGUCGAUCGGCUGCUUGUCGACGAUCGCGGCUCACCGGAUCUUGGCGUGUGAGCCCAGUCCCGGACACAGUCAUUGGAACGUCAUGUCAGCGGUGCUGGAGAGCUUGGUGGCCGCUGGACAUGAGGUGGUGUGCGUGACCAUGCACCCGGCCACCGACCGGUUGGCCGCGCAUCCCAACUACACGCACGUGGACAUGUCGUCGAUGGCCAUCGGUUCACUCCAAACAGCUCGGGACAUGGACUACGCACAUGUGAUGAAGGUCUUCAGGUCGAACGCGUUCAUGGUGGGGCUGGCCACCGCCCGGGCGAUGUACGUGUGCGAAUACUUGCUGGACAUGCCGGAAAUACGUGACAUGUUGGACGGAAGAGGUCCCGCGUUCGACGCCGUCAUCAUGGAGUCUCUGCACUCUGAGUGCAUGUCCGCACUACCCGACAGGCUGGGCGUGCCGGCCAUCUACGUGAUCCCGUCACCGCCGGUCAACUGGAUGCCGGUGGCCACGGGCGCCCCCGACCACCCAUCCUAUCUGGGCGCUAUGCUCGCCGACCGGCCGACGCCAGUGACGUUCGGCCAUCGGCUGGCCAACGCAUUGGUGUACGUGCACACUACACUGGUCCGGUGGUACAGCGACGCGGGACGCGACCACCGGUGGCCGGAGCACCGGCACACUAUGGUGUUCGUCAACACGCAUCACUCGGUGGAACCGGGUCGACCGAUGGGGCCCAACGUCCUGGAAAUCGGAGGCAUUCACUUGAACCGGCCUCUAGAGCCGAUUCCCCGAGAUUUAGCAGAUGUGAUGGACAGCAGUAAUGAAUUCGGAGUUAUCGUCUUUACUUUUGGUUCUUUGGUGGCCAUGAACACACUACCCGAUGAUGUAUUAGAUAAGUUUAAAAUCGUGUUUAGCCAACUCCCCCAAACCGUUAUUUGGAAGUACGAGAACGAUACCAUGCCUGACAAGCCAGAAAAUGUGGUGUUGUGUAAAUGGUUACCUCAGCGUGCUAUACUACAUCAUCCAAAUGUCAAAUUGUUCAUAAGUCAUGGUGGGAUGAGUGGAGUGUACGAAGUUGUAGAAGCGGGAGUUCCAGUUCUUGGCAUGCCGUUGUUUUACGACCAACCGAGAAACAUUCAAAAUCUGGUGGACCUCGGCAUGGCGUUGUCUAUGAAAAUCAAUAACUUGACUCAUACAGCACUAUCUGAAGCCAUAAACCGAAUAAUCAAAGAUAAAAGUUUUUCGGAAAAUGCGAAACGGGUGUCGUCCCUGUACCGAGAUCGUCCCAUGACGCCCUCCGAAUCCGUCGUCUACUGGGUCGAGUAUUUAAUUCGACACGGUACGGAAGCCGACAUCAGGCCCUCGUCGGCCGACGCGUCUUGGACCAGCCAUUUUAUGUUGGACAUGUGCGCCGCAAUGGUGACGGCUUUACUGACAAUAUGGUUCGUCGCGCGCGCCGUCCUGCACGUGGCGCUCGACAAAUCCAUUCCGUCCGAUGUGAAAUGA